AUGUCCUUCAACGCACCGAGGAAUGUGCCCGACUUUACGGCUCCCCACCGAGACCUCGAGGACCGAGCAUGGGUCGCGGCGUCGCGGCGAAUCGUUUCGGGCGGCCGCGGCGGCAUCAUCCACGAGGUCCAGGAUCGGGUCGCCGGCUUGUUCGAGCCGGACCAGCUGCCAAUGUACAAGGACAAGCCGUACGGGUACACGCCUUUGAUGCGGCGACGACGGUGGUGGAGGCGGAAGCGGUCCAUGAUCCUCAGCAUCGUCGCCAUACUCUCCCUGCUAUACUAUACCGGCUACCUGCCCGGCCGCGGCACGCGACGGAAAACGGCGUCGGCAUGGACGUGGGCGGCACCGUCGACUCCCGAGAAGAACGGUCCCGACUGGGACGAGAGGCGAAAGCACGUGGUGGAAGCCUUUGAGCUGAGCUGGGACGCGUACGAACGAUACGCCUGGGGAUACGACCAGUAUCGGCCGUCGUCCAAGACGGGCAACAACAUGGCCCCUCACGGGCUUGGCUGGAUCAUCAUCGACUCGUUGGACACGAUGAUUGUGAUGAACCAGACGAAGCGCCUCCAGCACGCGCGAGAGUGGCUCUCCAAAUCCCUCGUGUGGAACCAGGAUCAAGACGUCAACACGUUCGAGACGACCAUCAGGAUGCUCGGCGGAUUGCUGUCGGCCCACUACCUGUCGAACGAGUUCCCGAACAUGGCGCCCCUGGCCGAGGACGAUCCCGGCAAGCCGGGGGAGGACCUGUACCUCGAAAAGGCCAAGGAUCUCGCCGACCGGCUGAUGGUGGCCUUUGAGUCGAGCUCGGGCAUCCCGUACGCGAGCGUGAACCUCGCCAAGAUGCACGGCAUCCCCUCGCACGAGGACGGAGGCGCGUCCUCGACGGCCGAGGCGACGAGCGUCCAGCUCGAGUUCAAGUAUCUCGCCAAGCUCACGGGCGAGAAGCAGUUCUGGGACAAGGUCGAGAAGGUGAUGAAGGUCGUCGACGACAACAACGCGCAGGACGGCCUCGUGCCCAUCUACAUCUCGGCCAAGGACGGCAAGUUUCAGGGCGACAACAUCCGGCUGGGCAGCCGCGGCGACUCGUACUACGAGUAUCUGAUCAAGCAGUACCUGCAGACGAACAAGCAGGAGCCCGUGUACGAGGAGAUGUGGAACCACGCGCUCGAAGGCGUUCGGAAGCACCUCGUCACCUACACGGAGCCAUCGGGCUUCACCAUCAUCGGCGAGCGGCCGUCGGGCCUGGACGGUUUCCUGUCGGCCAAGAUGGAUCAUCUGGUGUGCUUCAUGCCCGGAACCAUCGCCCUCGCCGUGACGGGCGGCAUCUCGGAAGCCGAGGCGCGGAAGCUGCCGAGCUGGGACGAGAAGAAGGAGAAGGACAUGCGGCUCGCGCGGGAGCUCAUGCAGACGUGCUGGGGCAUGUACAAGUUCAUGGCGACGGGGCUCGCGGCCGAGAUCACCCACUUCAACAUCGCGAGCCCGCCGCCGGCCGAGUCGGCGCCGCACGCGGCCCCGGCCGACUUCGACGCCGAUCCGCAGGCGCGGUGGCGGCAGGACUACAGCGUCAAGGGCAACGACGUGCACAACCUCCAGCGGCCCGAGACGGUGGAGAGCCUGUUUUACAUGUGGAGGAUCACGGGCGAGGUCAAGUACCGAGACUGGGGCUGGGAGAUGUUCCGCUCCUUCACCAACUACACGGCCGUCGAGGAGAACGGCGGCUUCACGAGCCUCCGCGACGCCAACGUCAUCCCGCCCAUCAUCCUCGACAACAUGGAGAGCUUCUGGCUGGCGGAGACGCUCAAGUACUUUUACCUCCUCUUCUCGCCCAACGACGUGCUGCCGCUGGACAAGAUUGUCUUUAACACGGAGGCCCAUCCCUUUCCCAGGUUCGACCUGGGCCAGCUGUUCAAGACCGGAUGGCAGCGCAAGCCGCGGGAUGCCGAGGGAAAGACGGCGGAGGAGAGGGCCGCCGAGCAGAAGGCCGCCGAGGAGAAGACGGCGGAGCAGAAGGCGGCGGAGCAGAAGGCUGCCGAGCAGCAGCAGCAGCAGCAGCAGCAACCUGCCGCGGCGCAGCCUGCCGCGGCGAAUGUUGUCGCGGGACAAUGA